AGUCGAGAAUGGGACUCAGGAGCUGCACGCACAUCUUUGCUCUGGUAAUGCCACUCUGGGCUUUGGCUUUUUGUCUCCUUGUGGUGGUGCCAGUCCCAGCCCAGACAACUAGCCUGGAAAUCGCAAAACAGGAGCAGCGACUACAGGAAUUGGGAGUGGAAGCGGAUCAAACCAAUGCAAACAUAGCUGGCCCAUUGUUCUCCCGAUACGGCGACAGACGAAACCAGAAAACGUUUAGUUUCGGACGAAGAGUGCCUCUCAUAUCCCGCCCAUUGAUGCCGGUUGAAAUGGACCUCCUGGUGGAUAAUGAUGUCGAUCGCACAAAAGCUAAGCGAUUUGACGACUACGGCCACAUGAGGUUUGGCAAAAGGGGAGGGGAUGAUCAGUUCGAUGACUAUGGCCACAUGCGAUUUGGCCGGUAAACCGAAGCCAAACAAUUAGCGGAUAUAAGUCAUUUAGAUAUAUGUUUAUUUCAAUUCUAUAAACGAAUAUAACGAAGUCACAUAAUACAUUAGAUAGUAUAUAUAAAGUUAUACAUGUUGGCAUUCCAAAA